UGGCAACAAGAACAACGAAUUCGCAGCAGCAUCAAACAGCCGCACUCCUUCCACACACCCGCACACCUCAGCUUCGCACUUGUGGUGCCUGUUACUUCUUCUUCGCGUGCGUGUGCGUGUGCGUGUGUGCGUGUGCGUGCGUGUGUGCGUGUGUGCAUGUGUGGUCGCCAGCACGGAUCUUGAGGACACACAGAGAAGGCGAGAGCAAAAGGAAAGCAAAGCCAGGGACAGCGAAGCGUUCGUUGUCACCUUGCAUCCUCUUCCAUUGUCAGCUGGCUGGCAUCGUUUGGCGCGGGUUGGCUGCUUGACAUGUCGCACCCGACGGAGCUGCCUCCGCUGCGGCCGCCUACUGGCGAAGCACUGAGGAGCAGGAGCCAUGUGGUGCCAGAUGAGCUGGUCAUGUCCAGACGUCGGCGACAGCCGCCAAGAAAGCCGUCCCAGCAGCAACCACAGCAGACGGGAUCACCACAACGACCGUUUCCACCAUCGCGGCAACAGCAGCAGCAGCAGCAGCAGCAACAGCAGCCGCAGGACCAGCGCCUUGCUUGGGCCAAGCAAUCACAGCAACAACAACUCCUACAGCAGCGACAGCGACAGCUGUCGAGAAUACGCGGGAGCGGAGCUGAUGCUGAAGCGAGCGUCAGCAGCAACAACGGCGCCGACGAUGACGGCGCCAACUUGUCGCAGAGCGGCGACGCAGACAGCGACGCCGGCGACGCUGCCAGCAUUGUCAGCGCGGGCGACGACGCAGCAGCAUUUGAUGCCGCACGAGGCUCCUCCUUUCAGUACCGCUCAAGCACAGCACCGUUUGCGCGCGAGUUCAUGGGCAGCACAGACUUGCUUCGAGAUGUGCUGCUGCAAGACGGCGGGCGGCAUGAGCAGAAGUCCGAGAGCGUGGAUGACGAGCUGACGUCCGUACACACGGAGGCAAAGCUCCUGGAUGCCUGCCUUCGUGAGAUUGUCAAGCAGAUUGUGACCAAGGAUUCGUCCAAUGCACACUACCUGACACGCGUGCAGCAGCGUUACAGCGCAAUCUUCAAACGUCUCCCGCUCGCCACUGAAAUGCUGAAGCAAGAGAUUGAGACGCUCAGCAAAAUCAACGAUCACAUCAGUGCCACCCUACAAACGUUUCAACAGAAGGUCAACGCUGCUGUUGCCGGAUUGGCUGUAUCUCGUGAUGUCGUCAAAGACAUUGCCAGCAAACACUUCCAGGCAACGCAGGUCGAUCAUCCUGAGGACUACAUCCAAACGCCGCAAGACGUUGCACACGAACUCAAAGAUCUGUAUGAGCUGCAGCGGGUGCGGCUAGCGAGCAAAGCGGACAAGCUUGCAGAGGAACGGGAUGCCUGGUGCAAGGCUGCAUUUGACAUGGCGUCCACGAUGGCGGACAGCAAAGACCUGACGCUGCUGCAGAAACUCAGGUUGCACCAGUCGACGUGGAAUUCGCUCGGGCUCAAGUUUACGCUGCGCCUCAAAGACGAUAGCACAAGGGCUGUGCGCAAUCUCAAGCAGGCGGAAACCAUGUGGAAACGCGAGAUGUCGAUGCUGUAUCGAAAGUUGCAGCAAGAUGACACUUCGCUCCUCGCCGUCGUCAAGGAAUUGGAGGAAGGCCUUGAUGCAAUCACACACGGCCUUGAGGCAACGGCGCUGGAUCGCAUGCCCAAGAGCAAAGUUAUUGCGCGCGCCAUUUCCACGCUCGAGCAUUGGGAACGGGCGCUGUCUGAUGUUCUGGACAGUUUCAUCGGGAUUCGGCUCUCAGAUUUGCAGCAACGUGACAAGCAAGUAGACAGUGCCAUGGACACGUGUAUACGCGUUGUUCAAAUCCUCAACAAGUGCUUCCCACCGCUUGAAACGAAACACGGGCACAAGCUCAAGACCAUCAACGAAGACGUCGCCGCACUCGUUGUCUCAGUUGAGGAGAGGAUUGGCGUCAACAGCGCGUUUGUGAAUGCAUUGGCGUUUCUUCGCAACGAAGCAGAGCGCAUGCUGGUGAUGCUGCGUUCGGACAAGUCGAGUGACGACGAGAAACUGAAGAAGUUGACGGCGGUCAUCAGUAUCUGGCGUUUGAAAGUGGAUGCGGCGCGGGAGCACGUGUCGCGCCCUUACGUAAUCAAACCGAUUCUUUCGCAAGCGAGCGAUUGGGUGCUGGCCAUAUCCAUGGACACCAUGGCACAGUGCAACCGCUUAGUCGACGAGGUGUCUGAUGUGCACCGUGCGAUGGCCCGCUGGUUCAUUGCCGCCCAGAAACUCAUCUGCGGCUUAAAAGAGAUGACAAUCAACACGCUGGCGGAACAAGCGGAUGAUGUCAUUGCACACGUCAAGCAUGUGUCGAAAUCGGUGAUGGCCGCCUGUGGUCCGCUUGCAUCUGAACACAAAGACAACUACAAGCUGCUGGAUGGCAUUGGAUACGAGAGCAAGCAGUGGGGCGUGCAGGUGAUGGUGAUUCUUUCGCGGUUGCGCCUUGACACGACUGAAGGCAUUGAUGUGGAUGCUGUCUUCCGCCGAAACAUGACAGUCAAGGAGGCACAGGAUGCCUGGGACGCGCUGGAAGGACACGCAAUUGUCUCUGUCGACGACAACGGCACGCUGGUGAUUCGUGACCUGCCCGACUACGAGCAGAUCAAGCGGCAGUGACGUGACGCUGCAGUGAUGAUGGAUGGCGGGGACGGUGGAUGGUGAUGAAUGUUCAUGGUGA